GAUCAUAACAUUCUGUUUUCGCUUGUUUUGAACUUUCGUCUUGCCACCAUGGCACUGGCAGCGAGAACACUCAUUUCACGUUCGGUCACUCCAAUACUUGAGCAGGUCUCAGCCCUAGCUGCUGCACCCAAUCCAGGUCGUGGAAUCAUUUAUUCAUUGUCCCCAGGCCCAGACCUUCAAGACACCGACCUAUCCAAUCUCGUCUCGCAGUUCACGUCUAUUCCCAAUUCAAUUGGAUGUCUCUCUGCCCACACUAAUCUAACAUGUGACCACGUGCAGCCAAUACCUCAAGCUACCAUAUGCUCGUGGGCGGAAUUUGACAUGUCCAGGGCCAGGAUAUUCCGGAGUACAAUUCCUGGAAGAGCUGCUGCGCAAGUAGGACGAUGGCACGCUGCGAGGAAGCCUCAGCACGAUGCAUUGAGUGAUAUCCCUCCUCCCACCUUGAACGGUGAGACUUGGCCACGUUCUACGCCUACCCAUGCGCUUCCCACGGAACUCGAAGAUUUGAGCCCCGAAGACGUGAACGCCGUUGUAUACUUUUCUGACAAUUCUCAUGAGGGUAUCACUGAGUCGCUCAGAUCGUUCCACAAUGCUUCGGCGGUGGGGAUGAUUGCCACCUCAACCCCUUUCGUGACAGGACGUCCAUUUACGUUAUUUCACAACAAAGAUAUUCAUUCAUCGGGAGCUGUAGGCAUGUGUAUCAAUGGGUUCACACCGCCUAGGCACAAUGUAGUGUUUCCUGCACUAAAGGCAAUAACGCGAGCCUGCAUGGUUACCUCCUCAGAGGGGAAUCUGGUGCACACUUUGGACAAUAAGAACCCUACUGAGAUCCUCCUGCAUGGAAUUGAAAGACAUAAGCUUAUGGUCAACAAGGAUGUUAACCUGGCAUUCCGAGAGUCUCAGUUUUACCUUUGGGUUGCGCAAGAAGAUAAAAGUCCUGAACAAGUUUUCCGCAUCAACUCGGGCGAUCCUAGCAGAGGUACAAUUGCGCUCGAGGGUGAUUUGGCUCCCCCAGUGGGAUCGAGAGUCCAGAUGCUCCACCUUCCAGAAAACUACCUUGAUUCGAGAUUGCCAGUCCUCAAUCGUCCAAACUGCCGAGUAAACAUGAACUUCCUCACGGUACCCUCUGAACCACCACCAACACUUCUCACACCGCUCUCAAUCGGUGUCAGCAGAAUCCCUCAUGCCGGUGAGGAUUAUAUACACUUCGAUGGAAUGUUCGUCGCAGCGUCGGAACACAGCUUCAUCGUCAGUCGGGUGGAUAAGAACGGGGCGAAGGAAAGACCUUGGAAAGCACCAGUCCCGCAAGGUUACCUCGGUUUGGGAUUCGAUCCUACGACCGGGGGGUUACCGGUAUUGAAGAAGCCGAAGAAGAAAAAUAAGAAACCAAAGAGUUCGAUCCAGCGAAACUGGUAAAGAUUCAAAGCACCUCUCCCAAACCUCUCGUUAUCGUUAGAUUCUUUACACAAUGAUACAUCUAAUCUAAUCUACAUUUUCACCACUCAAUGUGAUCGGAUCGACGGAUCUAAGCU